AUGUACCUACUUUGUAGGGCAGGGAACUCUGCUACGGAACCUUACAUUGUUGGUCACAAUGUCCUACGUUCUCAUGCAGCAGCCGCAGAGAUUUACAGGAAAAAAUAUAAGAAUACACAGGGUGGAGCAUUAGGGAUAGCUUUUGAUGUCAUUUGGUUUCAGCCAGCAACAAACAAACAAGAAGACAUUGAAGCAGCUCAGAGAGCUCAAGAUUUUCAGCUGGGCUGGUUUCUUGAUCCAUUGAUGUUUGGAGAUUAUCCAAGUUCAAUGAGAAGUAGAGUAGGAAGCAGGCUACCAAAAUUUUCUCCAUCGGAGUCUGCUUCUCUCAAGGGUUCAAUAGAUUUUGUGGGAAUCAAUCAUUACACCACAUUUUAUGCACGACACAAUUCUUCGAAUUUAAUUGGGAUCGUGCUCAAUGAUACCAUUGCAGACUCCGGUGCUGUCACGCUUCGUAAGUUUUAGA